UAUAUAAAAAUAUAAAUUGCUAACGAUAUCGAUCUAUUGGCAAACAAACACACAGAAGAAGAAAAGGAAAACACAAGUACACAACGUACGGUGGUGUAUUACUGCAUAUAUGUUCCUUCAAUUUCUAAUCAUCUGUCUAUUUACAAUGGCGGUGAGAGGUACUCUUGUAAACCCAUUUUACAGAUCAAAGCCCGGAUGUUCGGCCAUGUGCGGGGAUAUUAAGAUUCCUUACCCUUUUGGCAUUGGCAACGACACAGGCUGUUCCCUAGACAACUCGUUUUACGUAACAUGUAACAUGUCCGAAAGCCCCCCAAAGUUGUACCUUGGAUCAAGCAACAUUGAAAUAUACAACAUUUUUGAUACAGAGUUGCGCGUUAAAACUGGAGUCAGCUACAGAUGCUACCACAGUAACGGGACUGUGAGCUCUGAAUUUAGUUAUAAUUGGACUAGCUUAAGCACACUCACUUUCUCUGCCAAGAAUAUGUUCAAGGUCAUCGGGUGUGAUGAUUAUGCUGUGAUCACAGGGGAAGGAGGAGGCGACUACUUUUCCAGCGGUUGUAUCGGAUUAUGCAGCAAACAACCGGAUGCACUUACCAGACGGGUGUCGCUCCGCCAAGGCUGUUGUCAGAAUUCUAUAUCCAAGGGUCUCCAGUUUUACAAUGUUACACUUAACAGAUUUCGGAACAACCCAGAUGUUUCGUCUUCGUCGAGUUCUAAUUGUAGCCUUGCUUUUCUUAGUGAGGAACACUGUUUCCAGUUUCAGACGAACCACGCAGAUGAUUGGGAUUUAAGGGAUCGGAUAGAGUCCAAUGCCGCUGUUGUGCUAGAUUGGGUGAUUGCAUCCGAACAAACUACUAAUUGCUCCGAGUCAAACAUGUGCAAAGACAAUAGUGAAUGCUAUGAUGUACAUGGUGGCGGGUAUCGGUGUGAAUGCAAAGAGGGUUACUAUGGUAACCCCUAUCUUGAUCAAGGCUGCCAAGACAUCAACGAGUGCGAGCAUCCGCAAAUCUACGCUUGCCAUGGUGAUUGCAUCAAUACCCCAGGGAAUUAUACCUGUACUUGUCCGUUAGGAUAUGUUGGUGAUAAUCUAAAAUCAAGAUUUGGUUAUUGUGAACGACAAGCUACUACACAUUCAAAAAAACUUGGGAUCAUAUUCAUCUUAUUAGGUGUUAUAUUGGGCACUGGAAUACUAGCUUUAGCAAUUUGGAUGAGCAAAGUAGUCCAAAAGAGGAAAGAAAAGAAACGUAGAGAUAAGUUCUUCAAAAGAAACGGUGGAUUGUUGUUUCAACAACAAACAUCAAGUGGUGAAGAUGCAAUUGAGAGAACAAGAAUGUUCAGUGCGAGAGAGUUACAGAAAGCCACCGAUCAAUACAACAGGAAUAGAAUAGUUGGACGAGGUGGACAAGGAACAGUAUACAAAGGUAUGUUACCAAAUGGAAAAAUAGUAGCAGUAAAGAAGUCUGUAUUGGUGGAUGAAACUCAAGUUGAGUCAUUUAUCAAUGAGGUAUUUUUACUUUCCCAAAUUAGCCACAGGAAUGUGGUAAAGCUAUUAGGAUGUUGUUUAGAAACCGAAGUCCCAAUUCUCGUCUACGAAUUUGUCUCAAAUGGUGAUCUCUUCCAAUUUAUACACGAUGAGAGUUACGAGUUUCCUACUUUUUGGAGUAUCAGGAUAACAAUUGCUACCGAGGUUGCUGGAGCUCUUUCCUAUAUGCAUUCGGCAACUUCCAUUCCUAUAUAUCAUCGAGACAUUAAAUCUUCCAACAUACUUUUAGAUGAAAAAUUUAGAGCAAAACUAUCAGAUUUUGGUAUAUCAAAGUCUGUCAUGGGGGAUCAAACUCAUUUGAGUACCUUAGUCAAAGGGACCUAUGGGUACCUGGAUCCCGAGUACUUCCAGUCAAACCAAUUCACGGAAAAAAGUGAUGUUUAUAGUUUUGGUAUUGUUCUGGUUGAGCUUUUGACUGGAAAGAAGCCUAUAUAUUCAAUAGGCCCAGGGGAAAUGAGAAGCUUGGCGACGUUGAUUUUGUCAAUGGACGAAAGGCUUAUAUUGGAAAACAUUGAUGAUCGAGUAGUGUCGGAUGGUCCAAAAGAGCAACUCAUAGCAGUUGCUAAGCUUGCUAAAAGAUGCUUGAAUUUGAAUGGUAAACUGCGGCCAACUAUGAAAGAAGUUGCAACAGAUUUGGAGGGAAUAAGAUCAUCAAGUCAUUAAUUAAAUAAAUAUCUCUUUGUUGAAGUAAACUAGCUAAUACUCAUAAUCGUACUCAAGGAUUAGCAUUGUUUUAUACUAUUAUCUUCUUGUUAACAAUCUAUAUUAAUGUUA